AUCAUUCUCCUUUCAAAGUUCAAACUUCCCUAUUCCAUAUUACAACCAUUCCAUUCUUGAAAAUAUGAAACACCAUAUUUUUUCAUCUCUUUCACUCCUUUUACUUAUCCUCCAAUUAUCUACCUUAGCCCAAGCUCAAACUGCCACAGCUCCAGCUCCCUCUGGACCAACCAAUAUAACAAAAAUACUAGAAAAAGCUGGCCAAUUCACCACUUUAAUAAGAUUAAUGAAAGUCACACAAGUUGGUGAUCAAAUCAAUACACAACUUAACAAUUCUAAUCAAGGAAUGACUGUUUUUGCACCUACUGAUAAUGCAUUUUCUAACCUUAAAUCUGGCACUAUAAAUUCUUUAAGUGCUCAACAGCAAGUUCAGUUGGUACAAUUUCAUGUUCUUCCUAAUUUUAUUUCUAUGGCUCAGUUUCAAACUGUUAGUAAUCCGUUAAGGACACAAGCCGGUGAUGCUAGUCCGGGAGAUUUUCCGUUAAAUGUGACGACUUCCGGCAACCAAGUGAAUGUAUCCACUGGUGUUGAUGAUGCUACUGUGUCUAACACAAUUUACACUGAUGGUCAGCUUGCAGUUUAUCAGGUUGAUAAAGUGCUUCAACCUAUGAGUAUAUUUGCUGCUUCUGCUCCGGCGAUGGCACCGGCUCCGGCUACGCUGAAGUCAAAGAGAAAGUCUCCGGCAGCCUUGAGCCCUAGCUCCGGCAAUGAUGACUCGCCGGCGGAUGAUUCCGGUGCUGAGAGCAUUGCCAUGCAUGCCAUGGCAGUGUUGGUUAUUGGAGUUUCCUUGUUCGUAUUUUGGUUAUAACUUUAGAUAUUGGACGGUGAAGAUUGCUCGUGAUCGUAUUAUUUUGAAGAGAUGAUGAAGUUUCAACGGUUGUGAUACGUCAAGUGAUUGCUUUGAAUAAUUACCCUUCCUUUCCUACCAUGCAUUCUUUUUCUUUUCCUCUAUUUUUUUUUCUUUUCAUUUUCAUUGUAUUCAGCCAUGUAAGAUAAGAAUCAAUUUUUGAAGUGUCUAUGAUAAUGCGUACUUCAUUUAUUUUUUAA